AUGGCGCACCAGCAGCAACCCCCGCAGCAAGGUGGCUAUGACGAGGGUUAUGGCCAGCACCAGGGUGAGCAGCACCAAGGUGGCGACGGUUAUUACCACGAUGAACAGCAGUCGUACUACGACCAGCCUGGCUACGGCCACGGCCACGGUCAACAGGACGGCUACUACGACGAUAAUGGCUACUACCAGGCCGGUCCUGAGGGCUAUGCUCAAGAUGGCUAUUACGAGGCUGGCCAACAAGGAUACCAAGACGAGUACUACAAUGACCAGUACUACGAUCAGGGUCAGCAACAAGGUCAAUACCAGCAGCAGCAGCAGCAGCAGGGCCGUGGCUACAGUCAGCGCAAGGGACGUCGUGGCCACGAUUCUGAGGAGGACUCCGAGACUUUCUCCGACUUCACAAUGAGGUCAGACAUGGCAAGAGCAGCGGAGAUGGACUAUUACGGUCGUGGCGACGAGCGUUACAACUCGUACGGCGAAGGUCAAGGCGGCCGAGGAUACCGCCCACCUUCAUCCCAGGUCUCCUACGGUGGCAACCGCUCUUCUGGUGCAUCUACGCCUGUCUACGGCAUGGACUACACAAGCGCUCUUCCCGCUGGUCAGCGAUCGAGGGAGCCAUACCCAGCCUGGACCUCUGAUGCCCAGAUCCCACUGUCAAAGGAGGAGAUCGAGGACAUCUUCCUUGACCUCACAGCAAAAUUUGGUUUCCAGCGUGACAGCAUGCGCAACAUGUUCGAUCAUCUGAUGACUCUUCUCGAUUCUCGUGCCUCCCGCAUGUCGCCAAACCAGGCUCUUCUCUCGCUGCACGCGGAUUACAUUGGUGGCGAGAAUGCCAACUUCCGAAGAUGGUACUUUGCCGCUCACCUCGAUCUCGAUGAUGCCGUUGGAUUUGCCAACAUGAAGCUCGGCAAGGCAAACCGCGCCACGCGAAAGGCUCGUAAGGCUGCGAAGAAGAAGAACGCGGAUCCUCAGAAUGAAGAACAGACUCUCGAAAGUCUCGAAGGAGAUAACAGCUUGGAGGCCGCAGAGUAUCGAUGGAAGACACGCAUGAACCGCAUGUCUCAGCACGAUCGUGUCCGCCAAGUGGCGCUAUACUUGCUCUGCUGGGGUGAGGCCAAUCAGGUGCGCUUCAUGCCCGAAGUGCUCUGCUUCCUUUUCAAGUGCGCGGACGACUUCUUGCACUCUCCGGCCUGUCAGAACCGUGUGGAGCCAGUUGAGGAAUUCACCUACCUCAACAACUGCAUCACCCCUCUGUACAACUACUGCAGAGAUCAAGGUUACGAGAUCUUCGACGGCAAAUACGUGCGCAAAGAGCGUGACCACCAAAAGGUCAUUGGGUACGAUGACAUGAAUCAGCUCUUCUGGUACCCAGAGGGCAUUGAGCGGAUCUCCUUUGAGGAUAAGACCCGCUUGGUCGAUCUGCCACCUGCGGAGCGUUUCGAGCGCCUCAAGGAUGUUGUUUGGAAGAAGGCCUUCUUCAAGACUUACCGAGAGACUCGCUCGUGGUUCCACAUGUUGACCAAUUUCAACCGCAUCUGGGUCAUCCACGUGGUCGUCUACUGGUUCUACACUGCAUUCAACUCGCCUACGCUCUACACCAAGAACUACCAGCAGCAGGUUAACAACCAGCCGCACGUGCCUGUUCACUGGUCGGCUGUCGCUCUCGGUGGUACGCUCGCCUGUAUCAUCCAGAUUCUCGCUACUCUGGUAGAAUGGCUCUACGUUCCUCGACGUUGGGCUGGUGCCCAGCACUUGACUCGCCGUCUCAUGCUCCUCAUCGGGAUGUUCGUCAUCAACGUCGCGCCCGCAGUUUACAUUUUUGGUGUUCAGCAGACUGGCAAGAUUGCGCUCAUCCUUGGUAUCGUCCAAUUCCUGAUUGCUCUGGCGACAUUCUUCUUUUUCGCUAUUAUGCCACUCGGCGGCCUCUUCGGCAGCUACCUGAACGGCAAGAAGCGUCAGUACGUCGCCAGUCAGACAUUCACAGCCAGCUUCCCGCGCCUCAAGGGCAACGACAUGUGGAUGUCCUAUGGUCUUUGGGCUCUUGUCUUCGGUGCCAAGCUGACCGAGUCCUACUUCUUCUUGACGCUGUCGCUGCGUGAUCCUAUCCGCAUUCUCUCCACAAUGCAGAUUCAGCACUGCGUCGGAGACAAGUUGAUCGGUACCGUUCUCUGCUACAAGCAGCCCAUCGUCCUUCUCAUCCUCAUGUACUUCACGGAUCUGAUCCUGUUCUUCUUGGAUACCUACCUCUGGUACAUCAUCUGGAACUGCGUCUUCUCCGUGGCUAGGUCGUUUUACCUCGGUGUAUCUAUCUGGACACCAUGGAGGAACAUCUUCUCCCGCCUGCCAAAGCGUAUCUACUCCAAGAUUCUGGCAACCACCGACAUGGAGAUCAAGUACAAGCCCAAGGUGCUUAUCUCGCAGAUUUGGAACGCCAUUGUCAUCUCCAUGUACCGCGAGCACUUGCUUGCCAUCGACCACGUCCAGAAGCUGCUGUACCACCAGGUGCCGUCUGAGCAGGAAGGCAAGCGCACGCUCCGCGCGCCGACGUUCUUCGUGUCACAGGAAGAUCACUCAUUCAAGACCGAGUUCUUCCCUUCCAUGUCCGAAGCUGAGCGCCGUAUCUCCUUCUUCGCCCAGUCGCUCUCGACACCAAUUCCAGAGCCGCUGCCCGUCGACAAUAUGCCUACGUUCACCGUCCUCAUUCCUCACUACAGCGAGAAGAUCUUGCUCUCACUUCGCGAGAUCAUUCGCGAGGAUGAGCCAUACUCUCGCGUCACCAUGUUGGAGUACCUCAAGCAGCUUCAUCCUCAUGAAUGGGACUGCUUCGUCAAGGACACCAAGAUCUUGGCCGAUGAGACUUCUCAGUUCAACGGCGACUUCGAGAAGAACGAGAAGGAUACCGCAAAGAGCAAGAUCGACGAUCUUCCGUUCUAUUGCAUUGGUUUCAAAUCCGCUGCACCGGAGUAUACUCUCCGCACUCGUAUCUGGGCUUCCCUCCGCUCGCAGACACUUUACCGCACGAUCUCUGGUUUCAUGAACUACAGCCGCGCCAUCAAGCUUCUGUACCGUGUCGAGAACCCUGAAGUCGUCCAGAUGUUUGGUGGCAACUCCGACAAGCUUGAGCGCGAGCUCGAACGCAUGGCUCGCCGCAAGUUCAAGAUCUGUGUGUCCAUGCAACGUUAUUCCAAGUUCUCCAAGGAAGAGCGCGAGAACGCUGAGUUCCUGCUCCGUGCCUACCCCGACCUGCAGAUUGCGUACCUGGAUGAGGAGCCGCCGACUGCUGAGGGUGAAGAUCCAAGAAUCUAUUCCGCACUCAUUGACGGUCACUCCGAGAUCAUGGAGAACGGCAUGCGUCGCCCCAAGUUCAGGAUCAUGCUUUCUGGCAACCCCAUCUUAGGCGACGGCAAGUCUGACAACCAGAACCACAGUGUCAUCUUCUACCGUGGUGAAUACAUUCAACUCAUCGACGCCAACCAGGACAAUUACCUUGAGGAGUGCUUGAAGAUUCGAUCCGUCCUCGCUGAGUUCGAGGAGAUGACCACCGACAACGUCUCGCCCUACACUCCCGGCCUGCCACCAACCAACUUCAACCCUGUCGCCAUUCUCGGUGCUCGUGAAUACAUUUUCUCUGAGAACAUCGGUAUCCUCGGUGACGUCGCUGCUGGAAAGGAACAGACAUUCGGUACCCUCUUCGCACGUACGCUGGCUCAGAUUGGCGGCAAGCUUCAUUAUGGUCACCCCGAUUUCCUGAACGGCAUCUUCAUGACCACUCGUGGUGGUGUCUCGAAAGCUCAGAAGGGUCUGCACUUGAACGAGGACAUCUUUGCCGGUAUGACUGCUCUUCUUCGUGGUGGCCGCAUCAAGCAUUGCGAAUACUACCAGUGUGGCAAGGGUCGUGACUUGGGUUUCGGCUCCAUUCUCAACUUCACCACCAAGAUCGGAACUGGUAUGGGCGAGCAGAUGUUGUCUCGCGAGUACUACUACUUGGGCACGCAGCUCCCUCUGGACCGCUUCCUCUCGUUCUACUACGCUCACCCGGGUUUCCACAUCAACAACUUGUUCAUCAUGUUGUCGGUGCAGCUUUUCAUGUGGUGUUUGGUCAACUUGGGCGCUCUUCGCCAUGAGACCAUCACCUGCUACUACAACCACAACGUGCCAAUCACGGACCCUCUGUUCCCGACAGGCUGCGUCAACGUCGUUCCUAUUAUGAACUGGGUGGAACGCUGCAUUGUCUCGAUCUUCAUCGUGUUCUUCAUCUCCUUCAUCCCUCUUACGGUGCAGGAGUUGACGGAGCGUGGUUUCUGGCGCGCGGCAACCCGUUUGGCCAAGCAUUUCGGCUCACUUUCGCCUCUCUUCGAGGUGUUCGUCUGUCAGAUCUACGCCUACUCGCUCCAGCAGGAUCUGUCCUUCGGCGGUGCUCGCUACAUCGGUACUGGACGUGGUUUCGCCACUGCCCGCAUGCCAUUCGGUGUCCUGUACUCGCGAUUCGCUUCUCCAUCCAUCUACUUGGGCGCUCGUCUCCUGAUGAUGUUGCUCUUUGGCACGAUGACGGUCUGGGGCUACUGGCUCCUCUGGUUCUGGGUAUCUAUCACCGCGCUCUGCAUUUCGCCGUUCUUGUUCAACCCUCACCAGUUCUCGUGGUCUGACUUCUUCAUCGACUACCGCGAAUUCCUGCGCUGGUUGUCCAGAGGCAACACCAAGGCUCACUCCGCUUCUUGGAUCGGAUUCGUUCGUCUCUCGCGUACCCGUCUCACUGGUUUCAAGCGCAAGGCCCUCGGCGAGCCAUCAGCCAAACUCUCUGGUGACACACCGCGAGCCAAGUUCACCAAUGUGUUCUUUAGUGAGAUCGUCGGCCCACUUGUCUUGGUCGCUGCCACAUUGAUCCCUUACUUGUACAUCAACUCCGGUACUGGUGUCGUUCAGGCCAACCAGCCUUCUGGUGUUCAGGUCGCGCCUACGAAUUCACUCAUCCGUAUUGGUAUCAUCGCAUUCGGCCCCAUUGCCGUGAACGCUGGUGUCGCCAUUGGCUUCUUCGGCAUGGCUUGCUGCAUGGGUCCAGUACUUAGCAUGUGCUGCAAGAAGUUCGGCGCUGUCCUUGCCGCUAUCGCCCACGGCAUCGCCGUCAUCAUGCUCCUGGCUUUCUUCGAGGUCCUGUUCUUCUUGGAAGGCUGGAGCUUUGUCAAGACCGUGCUGGGCAUGAUCGCAGUUGUCGCCAUUCAGCGCUUUGUCUUCAAGCUCAUCAUUGCUCUGGCUCUGACGAGAGAGUUCCGCGCCGAUACUUCCAACAUAGCAUGGUGGACCGGCAAGUGGUACGCGCUUGGAUGGCACACACUCACCCAGCCUGGCCGUGAGUUCCUGUGUAAGAUUACUGAGAUGGGCUUCUUCGCUGCGGACUUCGUGCUCGGACACAUGCUCUUGUUCUUCAUGCUGCCGGUCAUCUUGGUGCCAUACAUCGACAAGUUCCACUCGGUUAUGCUCUUCUGGCUAAGACCAAGCCGUCAAAUCCGCCCACCAAUCUACUCGCUCAAGCAGUCUCGUCUUCGGAAGCGCCGUGUCGUCCGCUACGCCAUCAUGUACUUCAGCAUGUUCGUGCUUUUCUUGGUGCUGAUCGUUGGACCCAUCAUCGCCAGCAGAUUCGUCAACUUCAAGAUCAGCAUCAUGGAUCUGCAACAACCAUCCAACUGGUACAAUAACGACACUCUUGGCACAAGUCAAACCGGUACCGCUCUCGGUGGUGCUGCGGCUACGAGCGCCGGCGCCGUGGGCGCUAGCUCGACUGGCCUCAAGAGGGCGAUGUUCUACUACGACUCAUAG